GCGCCGGGGACUUGGGACGCCAGUGUGACCUAGCCGUCCGCACCGCCUGGUGUGAGGCGGACCCGUGAGGAGCCCCCAGCCGCUGAUCUCAUGGGGCUGUGUUUUCCCUGCCCUGGGGAGUCCGCCCCUGCCUCUCCGGACCCGGAAGAGAAAAGAGCAAAACUCGCAGAAGCUGCAGAGAGAAGACAGAGGGAGGCUGCUUCUCGGGGGAUUUUGGAUGUUCACUCUGUAGAAGAAAAGAGAAGGAAAAAGGAGAAACUAGAAAAACAAACCGCUUCCGCUGGGCCCCAAACAGAAGGUGGACUUAGAUGGACUGUCUCAUAAAGCUAACCGGAAUGGAGGAGUCAACUACCAAUGACGCUGAUAUCUUCAAUCAAGUGGAUCUUGUUAAUUUCUUCUCUUUGAAUAAAUGAAGAUUACGUGUCUAUAACAUUAGUGCCCUUAAUGCAGUACUAAGUCUAUAUAAAAACUAUUGCAAAUACUUGUGAGCUUGAAACUAAGGAAAUGAACAGGACUUUCAUUAAGUGCUACUUUCCCUGCGUCUGCUCGUCUGCACAGGCACUAAGGAGAUAGGUUGCCACUUUUCAGCAGUUAAAGCGUGAAGCUGAGUAGGAAGUAUAUCUGCAUCUGCAUGUAAAAAUUCUCCAUAUGUCCUUGAUAAUACCAUUUGAAAUUGUGUUCCCCACCCAAAUAACCUAGUUCUUUAUAACUCCGCUGCUUAGCCUGAUUCCUGUUUUGAUUUUGUUAUUCAGCCAUCCUCUGGUUGUGAAAGCCUGAUUUGUAGACAACUACCUGCCAUUAAAUGCUUUACAAAUCGUCCCUCACUUAGACAAUCCUGAACCAGCCAGAUCCGCAACAACCUUUCUUUGAAGUCACCUUCUCUGGGGCCAGGGGAAGCGCUUCAGCCAUUGAGCAGGCUUUGAGCAUUUUCUGAUACUAAAGUUAGGCUAAAUAUAAGAGCUGUCUAUUCCUAUGUUGACUUACAAAUUCUACUUGAAGACACGGAACGGAUCUCCUCCAAAACCCAGGGACUGCCUCUAUUUAAAGAUUCUUGCUUAAACUUGGAAUUUUGUGCCUUUCAACUGAACAGUGGGGAAAAUUUUGAAAACUCAUUUUAAGGGCUUAUAUGAAGGAACACUGUAAAUUUGUAAAACUUACUAAGGAAUGAAUAUUUGUAAACAUUAAAUGUCUUCUAAUUAAGUUUUUUAUCUAUAGCUUAUUAAAUCAACACAUUGUAUUUUACAUUAUAGUAAUUUAAACCAAAUCCGCUCCUGUUGAGUCGAUUCCAACUCGUGGCACUCUAGGGACAAAGUAGACCUCUACUCCAUCUGGUUUCCAAGGUUGUACAUUUCUUUGGAAGCAGACUGCCACAUCUGUUUCUCUCAGAAUGGCUCGUGGGUGCGUUGAACCACCAACCUAGCAAUUCGCAGCUAAGCAUUUAACCAUUGUGCUACCAGGACAUCUCAUGACACUAAAGUGUUUUUGUUUUGUUUCUGAGGAUUUUUUCUUUUUAUGAAUUUAAAAUUGUUUGUUAGUAGUACCAUCAGAAGGAACUGUGGCUGUACAAUGAUUAAGCACUCAGCUCCUAACCAAAAGGUCUGUGUACAACCGCCCCCCCCCCCUCACACGCCCUCUGUGAAGGAAAGAUGUGCCAGCCUGUUACAUAAAGAUUAUAGUCUUGGAAAUCCACUCUGACCCAGAGAGUGGAAAUGACCCGCUAGCACUGUGCUUGACUUGGCUUUUGUUUGGGAGUGCCAACAGAGGGCAAUGAUGCACUAUUGGUUGUAUAACAACAGAUUCAGUUUUAUUAAAGUAUUGCUUAUAAUUGAGUAAGUUGGACUGUGAUUUGGGGUGGUUUAUUAAUUAUUGUGAAUAUAUUCAUCCUAACUUUAUAAGCAUUUUUAUUCUUUUGUAUUUAUUAAGGAACGAUCAUAGGAUUUAUACACAUGUGAAAUUGACAAGGGAAAUACAAGCAUAUGAGAGAAAGGUCUAUUUUCAACAUAAAAAUGUAACAAGGUAGUUCUGUAUGCUGUAUUAUUUAUAAACUUUGAAGAUUUUUAUUCAUUCGAGAUGUAAGUUUUAUAGUAUUGUUGUGUGACAUUUAAGAUGUCUAUAUAUAGAUAAUAAGCCAAUAUAAUGCUUGCUAUUUC